UUCCUAAGAAUGGUGUCAUAUUUGAAACUUAAUUUUAUAAAAAUUUUAAAUUUACGAUUGCAAUGUUGUUAUAAAGAAAUCUUCCCCUUCUCGCUGUUUGUUUUUCAAUUGUGGCAGCUGGCAGCUCUUUUCUUCCCGUCAGGUUCACGAUGAACAACAAAGGAUGCGAAUCCGCACUGUCUGGUUAAGAUUAUUGGUUAUCAAUAAUUAUUUUUGUGCUUUUAUCCAAUCGAUUCGAAACUGAGAUAAUUUGUGGUACUACUUUCAUUCAGUAGACUUUAAAGGUUUCAAUUUUGAGAGAGUGAAACAUUUAAUACCAGUAAAAGCACAUUAUCAUGUCGAAGUUGCCUGGUUGCAAGUUGGAAUUCGUCCGAGAUGACGAUUAUGUGGAAUAUUUCGUUUUUCCGGAACUGCCAGAUACUUUGACAAAUGUGCAAAAUGACGGUGCCGAGUUUGAACAACUACGCAACCAGUUGGUUUUGUUCGAAAAACAAUGUUUAGAAAUUGUGGACAGGCAUGUGAAAACUUUUGGCUAUAUUUGGCACAAAGACGAAUUUCAAUUACAAUACCGUACUGAGUGUGCGCAAGAAAGACUGUUGAAUGACGAAAUUAAAGAUAGCUCCAACGAUUCUGCUACAGCACUACCGCUGCCACCACAUCUACACGGUGUAACACAUUAUGGCGAUAAUAUUGAGGAUGAGUGGUUCAUCGUGCACCUAUUAAUGGAAUUGACGCGCGAGAUAUCUGGCUGCGUUGCACGCGUUAUAGAUGCUGAUGGCGAGUUUCUACUGAUUGAAGCAGCUGAUGUGCUACCAACUUGGGCUAAUCCUGACACAUGCGAACAAAGGGUUUAUUUAGCAAAUGGUAAAAUGCAAUUGGUACAAAAUUCACCAUCCAACUCAAAAAAGAUAAUGCCGGUAGUUACGGCCGUUGAAAAAAUUAGACAAAACCCUACACUUUAUAGUGUGGCAAAGGAUAUUCAAGAUUGCAUUGAUGAACGUAUGAAGCUUUUCAACGGUAGUACAAAUCCAGCUAUUCAUCGGCAAAUAGCUCGUCUGCCGCUCGGUGUUGCUUCUUUGCUACAAAAACAGCCAUCCUUAAUUGCUUCAGCUGUGCGAGCUUUCUGCGAACGUGAUUCAAUUGACUUAAAAGCUUGCCGUUCCAUGCGUUAUUUUCCACCGGAACAGUGCGUGCGUGCCAAUGUACGUUUCACCCGCUGCCUAUACGCUAUGCUCAUGCAUGCUAAUUAUAAACCUGAUCGAAAAGUUGGUUGGCUACUUACUGAUGACAACACCAGUGAAGAAUAUAAAGAACAAAUUGUGGGAAUUAAAAUUGCUUGUGGCUUUGAAAUUUUAGCUUCACAAGCAAAGAGUGCAACGAAAGAAGAAAAUGAUCCAGCUUGGCGUGCCUAUGUGAAAAAUUUAUCCGCAAAGGGUUACUUUAGAGAAAAUUUAGAAGGCUCGGAGGAAUAUAAGAGGUUAAUGAGUGAAGCGCGUACUUAUUAUACUAAAAACAAUGAACGUUUCCGCACAGCUCCCUUAGUCGGUCGAGAAAUUUUAAAUUUAUUAAAGAGCAUGGAAACUUCGGAAGACGUCUUCUGUGAUGACGAAAACAAUUUGCAGCCAAGUGACUCCGAUGACUGGCUUAACAUCAGCGCGGACCAACUAGAUGCCAUGUUGAUGGAACGUUAUGGCCCUAAAAAACUAUACAAACCAAAUGGCGGUAUAAAUGCUGAGGAAUUUACAAAAAAUAUAGCUGAUUUCUUAGAAAAAGAAUCAACUUACGAAGGUAUAGGAGAUGAUGAUGAUGACGACGAUACGGAUACCGAAACUGAAGAAAUGGAAAGUGGAGCUAGAGGUUCCCAUACACGAAAACGAAAUGAUGAAGAAUUUAAAGCUAAAGUAAAGAAGAACCACUCCAUGCGCAAAGCCUGCAAUAGAAACUCACUUAUACAAGAAACAGUGGAAAGCAAUCGUAGCCAAAAGAGCAAUACCGAAACUGAAGAUAGCACACAUGUACGAAAUUUUUUGGAUUUCGUUAUACCUGAAGAUAAGUGGGAUUCUAAUUCUGAAAUGAGUGAUUAUGAAGAUGAUGACAACUUGGAGCACAAUUUCGAAGCAAUGUCGAACACAGAUAAGAAUAUAGAUUUACAUAUCAAAAAGUAUAUGGAUCAAAUGGAUAGGGAACUGGCGAAAACGACUAUUGGCCAAACAUUUGAAAAUAAGAAGGCUGGUAAUACUUCUAAAGGAGCUGAUGAUGACUUUGACGAUAUCGAGUCAUUCAAACCUAUCAAUAUUAAUGUAAAUACAUUGAAAAACAUUGUUGAUAGCUACAAAUCACAGUUGGGUGGGCCAGGUCCAGUUUCGAAUUUACUAAACGCGAUGGGAGCUGGCAUGUCCACUGCCACAGCACUUGACAGCGACGAUGAUGAAGUUACUGAUGACAUGAAGGAAUCUAGGGUAUAAGUUGAACGAUGUAUGUAUAUCGCAAAAAUUAAUAUUCAUAUUGAUCACAAACAUUCUCAAUAUGUAUAUAAACGUGUACUUAUUUCAGACUGUCGGUUAAUGUUUAAAAAAAUGCGUAUAGCACACAGUUCAUUUAGGUUUAAAAUGUCCCAAAAGUAAUAAAACAAGUUCAUUGCCUAUAAUAAAUCAUAUAAAUAAUACAUUCGAGCCCAAAAUUUAAAUAUA